GGCGCGUUUGCGAGGGGCCGGGUGGUCCGCGGGGAGCGAGCGAGAGAGAGAGACCGCGUUCUGGGUAGAGCCCCGCCAGGGCAGGCCCGCCUCUGCUGGUCCCAGUUCCUGCUGCCUUGGCUAGGGAGGCCUGGGUUCAUUCAUUCCCGGCCGGAGGGCACCUAGUUUGUCCCCUCUCGGAGCCACCACCAGAAUCCCAGGCCAAGGCUCCUUGCACUCGAGCGCUCACGGCCCUGCGACCCCUCCCCUCCAUUUUGCGGACUGGGAAAACUGAGGAGGCGACAGCUGACCGAGGACACACCACUGCCUCCCUCCAACCCCAGACUCUCACUGGAAGAAGACGCUGAGCGGGUAGUCUCUGUCCUGCACCAGGCACGAUGGCAGAGAAAGUGCUGGUAACAGGUGGGGCUGGCUACAUUGGCAGUCACACUGUGCUGGAGCUGCUGGAAGCAGGCUAUUCGCCCGUGGUCAUCGAUAAUUUCCAUAACGCCAUUCGUGGAGGGAGCUCCAUGCCGGAGAGCUUGCGGCGGGUUCAGGAGCUGACAGGCCGCUCUGUGGAGUUUGAGGAGAUGGACAUCUUAGAUCAGGCAGCCCUACAGCGUCUCUUUAAGAAGUACCACUUCGUGGCAGUCAUCCACUUUGCCGGGCUCAAAGCUGUGGGCGAGUCGGUGCAGAAGCCUCUGGAUUAUUACAGGGUUAACCUGACAGGAACCAUUCAGCUUCUGGAGAUCAUGAAGGCCCAUGGGGUGAAGAACCUGGUGUUCAGCAGCUCGGCCACUGUGUACGGGAACCCCCAGUACCUGCCCCUGGACGAGGCCCACCCGACAGGUGGCUGUACCAACCCCUACGGCAAGUCCAAGUUCUUCAUUGAGGAAAUGAUCCGGGACCUGUGCCAGGCCGACAAGGCCUGGAACGCAGUGCUGCUGCGAUACUUCAACCCCAUAGGCGCCCAUGCCUCAGGCUGCAUCGGUGAGGAUCCCCAGGGCAUCCCCAAUAACCUCAUGCCCUAUGUCUCCCAGGUGGCGAUCGGGCGACGAGAGGCACUGAAUGUCUUUGGCAAUGACUAUGACACGGAGGAUGGCACAGGCGUCCGGGAUUAUAUCCAUGUCGUGGAUCUAGCCAAGGGCCACAUCGCAGCCUUGCGGAAGCUGAAGGAGCAGUGUGGCUGCCGGAUCUACAACCUGGGCACGGGCACGGGCUAUUCGGUGCUCCAGAUGGUCCGGGCCAUGGAGAAGGCCUCCGGGAAGAAGAUCCCAUACAAGGUGGUGGCACGGCGGGAAGGAGAUGUGGCUGCCUGUUAUGCCAACCCCAGCCUGGCUCUCAAGGAGCUGGGCUGGACAGCAGCCUUAGGGCUGGACAGGAUGUGUGAAGAUCUAUGGCGCUGGCAGAAGCAGAAUCCUUCAGGCUUUGGUGCACAGGCCUGAGAUCCUCUGGGGCCAGAAAAGGAAGAGAAACAAAUGCCUGCUCUCCAGCCUUCGGCACGAACCCUGGGGCCUCAGAGCCUCCCCUACCUCAGACCCCAGCUGGGCCCACUUGGCCCACCAGGCAAGAGGCCAAGGGCCCCACUGACCAGGUAUCAGGGGUCUCUAUUCCACAGGGUCCAGGAACCCAUGAGGACAGGACCCCCAAGAGCGAGUGGGGGAAGCAGGACCCUGAGACACAGAACGCCUUCCUCCCAGGCGCUAACUCAGACCGCUCUGCAGGAGCUUUCCAAAGUAUUUACAAUAAAACCCCUGCUGACACUGGA